ACUCGUUAGUACGUUUUUAUUUGUCCUGAAAGUAACAUUGGUAAACAGUAGUUGAUGUACUAAACUUUGUUACGAAUAUUCACAAAUAAAAACUAACACUUUUCCUAUUCUAUUACGUCGUUUAUUAACUCUGAAUGUCCAAGCGAAAUUACACAAGUGGCUACGACAUCUUCAGGCAGUGGAUCGCCGAAAAGAAAGUCUGAACGUCAACAAACGGGAACAAUGAAGAAGCAAAAACUAUUGACGAGGAAGCAAUCAGUGACAGCAGUUUCGGGAGACGGUUAUCCACCCGAAGAAGUGGAUGAACCCGAAAAUCCAGAGUAUAUGGGAGGAGAAUAUGAUGGUGACCUAGAAGAAUAUGACGCUACUAUAUUCACACCUGAGGAAAUCUAUGACGAAUUCCUUAGACAACUUGGACGUACACUGGCUGCAAAGCCUGUCUCUGGAAUCCAUCGAUAUGUCUCAAGAGUCAUUGUGCCGGGUGGAGAUGGGGGAGUUUAUAAGUGUUUGCGAGAAUUGGACAAGCUUAUUGAGCAGUACCCCCCCAAACACUUCUAUAUCGUUGCCGAGCACGGAGACCACGUACACGUAUCCCACAUCUGCGCCUACUCGGGACAAUGUUGUCGGUGCUCCUUCCUCAUUCGAGGCACAUUUUGGAGCAAGUACGGACGACGUGGACUUCGUAGGAUUUCUAGAGCGGUCGACCUGCAACCAGGAGAUUACGGAAACAUUUUGCGAUACCUAUCUUCGGGCGGCCGACGCGUCCACGACGUUGGAGGCUUCCGAGAAGAUGGAGGACUAUUUAAUAGAUAUAAAUAUAUAUCGGCGCAAAGAUAUUUGGGACAAGCCGAAGGGGGACUAUUGGCUUGGAGCGACGGCGAGGUGUCGUGGGACUUUUCCUGCGAACCAUCGAGCAGUAGCGUACUCGUCCAAGAUAGUAAAAAUGCUGGGGGAGAGAAUGGUGGCCCUAAAGGGCGUAAAAAAGAUUCGAAACACGCCUGGAUUCGGCCGGAGAACGGGCCGAUAAGUAUUACAGAAUUACUACACCAAUAUCCAUGUUGUCCCCCUGACGCUUACAAAAACAUAAAGGAAUAUUAUUUGAAUAAAAAUCUAAAUUAUCUUUGCGCACGCGAUAAAUACGUAGAUAGGGACUUAGAAUUAUGGAACAUAAAACUUAUGCAUAUGUCAUUAAAGGAUUUCGAUAAUUAUUAUAAGGAUGACAAUGUGCACCCAUAUUUUAACGCGUAUAAUAGAAAUUUCGAUCAUGUAUAUUACAACGUUCAAGAAUCAGUACGUAUUGCUAAUGAAUUACUAUUAUAUCAAUUUGACGAUAAUUCGGAAAACGUAUUUUUUUUUUUAACAGAUGUGUUAAAUGUAAUAGAUAAACGUGUUCCGAAAUGUAAUACACUAGCAAUACAUGCUCCGCCUAAUGCAGGAAAAAAUUAUUUUUUUGACGCGGUUGCUUCUUUUUUUAUUAAUUAUGGCGUACUGGGUACUGCUAAUAAAACUAACAACUUUGCAUUCAUGGAAGCAGUCGGUAAACGGUUGGUUCUGUGGAAUGAACCUAACUACGAAGCAAAUCACGUCAAUGAAUUAAAAGCUUUAUUAGGCGGUGAUUCUUGUCGCGUUGCAGUAAAAUAUAAAUCUGAUCAAGCGUUACAAGGUCCACCAAUUAUCAUUUUAACAAAUGAUAAUCUAUCAAUAUUUGGAAUGUCUGCAUUCCAACCUAGAAUCAAAUUAUAUAAUUGGCAAAGUGCACCUUUUCUCCGUGACUAUGAUAAAAAAUUGAAUCCUUUGUUCUUAUUAAGAUUGUUUGAAAUGUAUAAUUUACCGAUAACAUAAGUGUAUGUAUAUAAUAUUUACUUAUGUGUAUAUUUGUUUAGUAAUA